AUGUUCUGGCAAAAAUGGGUUCCGCAUGAGGAUGCGAUCGGCGUUUCGGGAAUGGCAGUGCGCAAUGAAGCGGAUUCAAGCAGAACCGACUCGAAAUCUAAGCCGUCCUCUUCACGAGCACAACACAAACCACAAACACCAUUCAAUCGUUGGAUUGGUGCUUUCAUGACACGUUACAAGCGAUCUGUCGUACGUUCAAAACUCUCGUAUAAACUGAAAACCGCGAACGACGAGCUCACUCCGUUUGGUUUCAUUGCAAAAACACUUCGGAGCUUGGUACAAACCGUGAAGGGAAAAUCAACAAGGAAAACGUACGUUCACAUGCAAUUUGUUCGUCAUUGA